GCGUAAUGGUGUAAAUAAAAGAAUUAGUUAUACCAGAAUUACAAAUACCCAAAUUAAGGGCCCAAAUUAGAAGUAGUUUAAUGAGCAGCAACGACCCAGAUCAAUUCAAUUGAAGAUAUAAGCUAGCUAAGAGAGAGAGAGAGAGAGGGGGGCAUAACAGAAUUCGGGUAUCCAUUCCCAUGGAGAGUUACUAGUUUCUAUUUCCUUAAUUAGUAGAGUUAGUUUGUAAUUCUGUUGCCAAUUUUCCAUUUAUAUAAACAGAAUAUCGUCCCAAAACAAUUGUUCUUCAUUUAGUUUAUCAAAAUGCUUAAUUCGAUAACCAGAACUUGACAAUUGGUAUCAGAACCGCGAUUCUACGACCACAGUAUUGAGCAAUGUCAGAGGGUACUAGAGUGAAACUUAUGGAUGACAGGCUAGCUAAGCACGGUGAAGUAUUGGAGGGCUUUACCAGUGGACAACAAGCUCUGGGUGAAACUCAACUGGGUAUUUAAGGAACACUGGAGAUGAUACUUGAACGACUGGAUAACAUGGAGAGAAGGCCUGAUCGAAGACAGGAAGUAGGUCGAGGUGAUGGGAUCUUACCCAUACCAGAAGCGAGACAAAUUAGACCAUAGGGAGCUAAUGUUCCUGCUCCUAAAUGGAAACUUUCCGGUUUCGAAGGUCAAGAUCCAAAGGUAUGGAUUAGAAAAUGUGGAAGGUAUUUUAAUUUGUAUAGAGUACCUGAUAAUCAAAAGGUGGAAGGAGCUGCACUUUAUUUGAAUGGUGAUGCUAAGAUUUGGUAUAACCCCUUAAUAUUGAGUCGAGGAGUACUUACUAGGGCUGAAUUUAAACUUGAAAUAUGCAAUAGAUUUGGGGAUGUAGCGAUGAAUGAUGUAGUGGAGGAGUUUAACAAGCUCUCGCAAUUGGGCAGUGUGGAUGAGUUUUUGAGUAGGUUCGAAUGUUUGAAAGCUCAAAUGAUAAGCAGAAAUCCUGCUCUAAAUGAAGAACAUUUCCUAUCGAGUUCUGUUGGUGCUCUCAUGGAGGAAAUCAGAUUCUCUGUUAAACUGUUUAAGCCAAGAACUCUUAGCUUUGCUAUUCAACAAGCAAGGAUGCAAGAGAAGGCCAUUGAGGCAGCCCAGAAGAAGCAAAAGCAGUUGUACAAGAGCAGUGCAAAUUCUGGAAGUUCAGGAGUAACUAGAAAUGCAGCAGCAACCAGUUUAAAGCCAACUACCUUCAUACUCAGUCCGGAAGUGUAUGAAUAUAGGAAGAAUAAUCACUUAUGCUUCAGAUGUGGUGAAAAAUAUGGCCCUGGGCAUCAAUGCAAAUCCAAGCAACUCCAGUGCAUAGUGCGUGAAAGUGAACCAGUGUCCUCAGAGUUAGCAUCUGAGCAUGAGAUUAUUAUUGAAGGUGAUAUCGAGGCUGAGUUACAAGAAGCCAUUUGUUUGAGUGCGUUGUCUGGUAACACUGUUGGAGUAAAUACUAUAUUAGUAAGUGGAAUUAUCAAGAAUAGAAAGUUGAGUGUGCUAGUUGACUCUGGUAGCACCCAUAGUUUCAUAGAUGAGCAGACAGUGAAAGAAACUGGAUAUCAUCCAGUGUACUCUACUCCAAUUAGAGUGACUGUUGCGGAUGGCAAUUAUAUGUACUGUAGUUCUACUUGUCCUGAGUUCACUUGGAAGAUGACUGGUAAAACCUUCAAGGAGGACUUGAGGAUCAUCAAGUUGGGAGCGUGUGACAUAGUGCUGGGCAAUGAAUGGAUGAAGAAGUUUAACCCCACUACAUUUAACCAUGAGCACCAAACUGUUACCAUUGGGAAGAAGGGCAAUAGAGUGGUCUUACAGGCUAUCCCUGAAAGGGGAAGAUUUAGUAUGAUAAGUGGAAGCAUCAUGGGCAAAAUAUUGAGGAAAGGACAGGUGAUAAUGACACAUUUGUUUCUACUCAAAGUGGAACAGAAUCAGGAGCAAGAAGUGGUGGAUUCUGCUAUUCAAGAGUUGCUGGCCAAAAAUGAAGAAGUAUUUGCGGAGCCUACAACGCUACCCCCCUCCCACUAGACAAUUCGACCAUACUAUUCCUUUGAAGAGUGGGGCCUCACCAGUAUGUUUAAGGCCAUACAGAUACAACUUCUUCCAGAAAGAAGAGCUAGAGAAGCAAGUUAAAGAUAUGAUGAGCCAUGGGAUUAUACAGCCUAGUCAAUCUCCUUUUUCUUCUCCAGCCUUAUUAGUAAAGAAAAAGGAUGGAACAUGGAGAUUCUGUGUAGACUACAGGGGCUUGAGAGAGAUUACAAUUAAAGAUAAAUAUCCAAUUCCUAUAGUGGAUGAUUUGUUGGAUGAGCUACAAGGGUCUGUGAUUUUUUUAAAAAUUGAUCUGAGAGCCAGGUAUCACCAGAUCAGAACGAGACCAGCUGAUGUGCACAAAACAACAUUCAGGACCCACCAAGGCCAUUAUGAGUUUAGAGUGAUGCCUUUUGGGCUCACCAAUGCACCUGCUACAUUUCAAGCUUUGAUGAACCAGGUAUUUCAAGCCCAUCUUAGGAAGUUUGUUUUGGUUUUCUUUGAUGACAUUCUGGUCUAUAGCAAGUCACUAAACAAACAUCUCAGUCACUUGGUUAUAGUUUUUGAGAUAUUGAAGGACCACUCAUUGUUUGCCAAAAGGUCUAAGUGUUCUUUUGGACAACCCAAGGUAGAAUAUAUUGGCCAUGUGAUAACUACUAGGAGUGUCUACUGAUCCAGAGAAGAUUCAGACAAUGAUAGAGUGGCCUAAACCAUCUAGUGUAAGAGCUCCGAGAGGUUUCCUUGGGCUCACAGGGUAUUAUAGAAAAUAUGUCCAGAACUAUGGAAUCAUUUGUAGGCCCUUGACUGAAUUGCUCAGGAAGGAUGCAUUCAAAUGGACUGAAGAAGCUGAGACAUCAUUUGAGACCUUAAAAGCGGCGAUGACUAAUACACCUGUACUUGUUUUACCUGAUUAUAGUUAGGAAUUUAUUGUAGAGACAGAUGCAAGUCACUCAGGGAUAGGGGGUGUAUUGAUGUAGAAGGGUAGACCUAUAGCAUAUUUCAGCAAGGUGUUGGCUCCAAGGCACAGAGGUAUAUCAAUCUAUGAAAAGGAAUACAUGGCAUUAUUCAGUGCUAUUGACAAAUGGAGGCACUAUCUACAAUAUAGGCAUUUUAUAGUGAGGACUGAUCACACAACCUCAAGUACUUAUUGGAACAGAAGGUUACCACGGCAAUUCAACAAAAAGGCUUGACGAAGUUACUUGGACUAGACUAUGAAGUCUAGUACAAGAAGGGAGCAGAGAAUCGAGUUGCAGAUGCAUUAUCCCGGAAGUAUGAGGGCAUCGAAGAAGUUGGUGCUAGCCAUUCAACAACUAAUCUACAGGCCAUUAGCACUACAGUGCCAAGAUGGAUGUUUGACAUCAGCAAUAGCUAUGAAGGAGAUUCCCAAGUAGCUGAACUCAUUGCUGAGCUAUCGAUAGCUCCUGUUGGACCUCACCUAUAUCAUUACUCAGCUGGCAUCCUCAGAAGAAAAAGAAAAAUAUAUGUUGGAGCUUCUGGUGAUCUCAUAUGACAAUUAUUGACUACCAUCCAUGAUUCACCCUUAGGUGGGCACUCUGGCCAGCUGGGAACCUUCAAAAGAUUAUCUCAAGUGUUCUAUUGGCCUCUCAUGAAACAAAUGGUUAUUCAACAUGUAGCCGUUUGUGAUGUUUGUCUACGAAACAAAGAUGAGACUGUUCCUUAUCCAGGCCUCCUUGAACCACUCCCCAUACCAGAUCAAUCUUGGAGACACAUAAGCGUGGACUUUAUUGAAGGAUUACCCAAGUCUAAAGGUAAGGAAGUUAUCUUGGUCGUUGUCGACAGAAGAUCUAAAUUUGCUCAUUUCAUGGCACUGGCACAUCCCUAUACAGCCCUCACUGUUGCUAACAAAUUCUUUAAGAAGAUUCACACUCUACAUGGCCUACCCGAGUCUAUAGUCACCGACAGAGAUAGGAUAUUUCUCAGCAACUUCUGGCAAGCUCUUUUGAGACUGUUGGGUACUCAACUAUAUUUUAGUAUAACAUAUCACCCUCAGAGUGAUGGCCAAACAGAAAGGGUGAACAAAUGUAUUGAAAACUACUUGAGGUGUAUGACCUCUCACAGACCAGCCAAUGGAAGCAAUGGUUACCACUAGCAGAGUGGUGGUACAAUUUUAACUUCUAUACCAGCCUGCAGUGCACCCCAUUUGAAGCCUUAUAUGGCUAUUGUCCUCCUCAACUUUCUCUAGGCCCCUUGGUUGACAACACUGUUCCUGCUGCUGAUGACUUGGUUAUGAGAAGACAACAACAACUCCUACAAGAUAAUUUGAGCAAGGCUCAAGAGAGAAUGAAACUUUAUGCAGAUGUUAGGAGGACCGAAAGGAUUUUUCAGGUGGGAGACAUGGUUUAUUUGAAGUUGCAACCAUACAGACAAGUCUCAUAGGCCUUGAGGAGAAAUUUGAAGCUCAGUUCCAAGUUCUAUGGUCCCUAUAAAGUGAUUGCGAAGAUAGGUCAAGUGGCAUACAAGCUUGAGCUUCCUGCUGAUUCUAAGGUCCAUCCAGUUUUUCAUGUUUCUUGUUGAAAAAGAAGGUGGGCACUGGGGUGGUGGUGCAGACUUCAUUGCCUAUGACCGGUAAAGAUGGACAAUUUCUAGUCAGGCCUGUUAAAAUAUUGCAAAGACAAAUGGUGAAACAAGGUAAUACAGCUGUUGUCAAGGUCCUCGUCCAUUGGUCUAAUUUGGUGCCAGAGGAUGCAACUUGGGAAGACUACCAGUUUCUCAAAUCCAAGUUCCCUAAUUUCAAUUCCCAUCCUUGAGGACAAGGUUGUUUUUAAAAGGAGGGGUACGUCAUGACCCUUCAAGCUCAAUGGUGUAAAUAAAAGAAUUAGUUAUACCAGAAUUACUAAUACCCAAAUGAAGGGCCCAUAUUAGAAGUAGUUUAAUGAGCAGCAACGGCCCAUAUCAAUUCAAUUGAAGAUAUAAGCCAGCUAAGAGAGAGAGAUGGGCAUAACAGAAUUCGGUUUCUCGAUUCAUCUGAACCUCGUGUUCCCUUCCCUUCCCUUCUUCUUCUUCUUCUUCUUCUUCUUCUUCUUCUUCUUCUUCUUCUAAAUUCUAAUCCAAACCUCUCUUUUCUGCAGGUAUCCAUUCCCAUGGAGAGUUACUAGUUUCUAUUUCCUUAAUUAGUAGAGUUAGUUUGUAAUUCAAUUGCCAAUUUUCCAUUUAUCCCAAAACAAUUGUUCUUCAUUUAGUUUAUCAAAAUGCUUAAUUCGAUAA